GCAUACAGUCCAACCUAAGGUAUAGUGUAUUGCGGUCUAAUAGAUACAAUUAUACAUCGACAUGAAUAUUUGCUCGAAAUUCUUGAAGCGGACUUGUCUGGUGCGGCAGUUAAUGUAAACAAAGCCGUAUAGGUCUCUUCAAUCCAAUCCCAUGAGCAUCGAUUAUCUACUAGCAGUAUUUCAGUCGCUCAAUCUGCUGCAGGCAGUGAAAUUCUCCGUGUCAUAGAGUGCCCAAUCCUGCCAACUCGUCUGAGCAUGAUAAUACCCACUGUGGUUGCAAACACGAGCAGUGAGCGCAUGGCUCCGCAGUUCUGUCAGGUUGCUGGCGUGGGGACCAAAUUAUAAAGUCAGGUGUUUUCUUUUCCACCAAAACUCGAUCAGUAUCAACAAGAUGCCUUAUCCCGAGGAAGCUGAAGGCUUUCAGGUCGAUGGACCUGAUACCUAUACCGACUUCCACAAGCGAUUUUUCAAGUUGAAGCCAUUCGGCGACUAUGACGUCGACAUCAAAAUUGAGGCUUGCGGUGUUUGCGGAAGUGAUCUGCACACCAUCAGCGGCGGUUGGGGAGAGCAGAGGUUCCCUCUUUGCGUGGGCCAUGAAAUCAUUGGCCGAGCAAUUCGAGUCGGACCGAAGGUCACAUUGAUCCAAGAAGGCCAACGUGUCGGCGUUGGUGCCCAGUCAUACUCCUGUGGCGAGUGCAAGCAAUGCAAGAAUGGCAACGAGACCUACUGCCCCGUCCUCAUGAUCGACACCUACGGCACUGAGUGGCCCGAGACUGGUAUCGUCAGCCAAGGCGGAUACUCCUCACAUGUGCGCACCCACGAGCACUGGGUGUUCCCCAUUCCCGAGCAGCUGGAGUCCAACCUCGUCGCCCCAAUGCUCUGUGCCGGUCUGACCGCAUAUUCGCCUCUGGUCCGCAAUGGCGCCGGACCUGGCAAGAAGGUAGGAAUUGUGGGACUGGGCGGCAUCGGCCACUUUGGGAUCAUGUUUGCCAAAGCCCUAGGAGCGGAGACCUGGGCCAUUUCCCGGUCUCGUGCCAAGGAGGCGGAUGCACGAGAGCUGGGGGCAGAUGGAUACAUUGCUACCGCGGAGGAAGGUUGGGAGAAGGAUCACUUGUGCUCGUUUGAUUUGGUCAUCAAUUGCGCUAGCUCUUCCCAGGGCUUCGACUUGGCCAAGUACUUGUCCAUCAUGGAUGUCCAUGGUCGCUGGAUCAGCGUGGGACUUCCCGAAGAAGAAGGUCAAGUCAUCAAAGCACAGAACCUGAUCGCGAACGGAGUAUUGAUCGGGGCAAGUCACUUGGGCAGUCGGCGGGAGAUGCUAGACAUGCUCCAGUUGGCAGCUGACAAGGGUCUCAGGGGAUGGGUUGAGGAGCUGCAGAUUGGUGAGGAGGGACUCAAGGAGGCGAUGAUGCGAAUGAAGAAGGGGGAUGUUCAUUAUCGCUUUACUCUGACAGGAUACGAUAAGGUGUUCGGUUAAAGGUUGAUGCACUCUAUAAAGCCAGACAUGAGAAAGAUUGACGCAGAAGAAAGAAA